AUGCCUUGGCUAGUUCAUGACACGAACGAUGAUCUCAGUAGCUCUCGUGUUAGGAAGAUGCUUCAUGAGAACUAUUUGUAUCGAGGAUCAGAAUUUGGGAAUGUGGAUGCUGCCGGAGAUACGAUACCUACAUCAGCUGUGCUGAUGGCUUCGUCGAAGCAGAUUGCGUUCAAAUGUCAAGCGGAGAACGUAGCUUUUCUCAAGUGCAAGAAGAAUGAUCCAAACACUGAGAAAUGUCUCGAUAAGGGCCAGCAAGUUACUCGAUGUGUCCUUGGCCUGUGA